AUGGGGUCUCGAAUCGGAACUUGUGGAAAAGAAAAAAUUAUCAAGGCAAUGAAGGCCCGACAGCCAGCUGUGAAGAAAGUCAUCAAUGCGUUUAACCAACUCUACACAAAAUAUAAGGCUAAGUACCCCAAUCAGCAAUUAUCCGAUGCCGAAGAUCACCCCCUUACGUACCAGGCGUUCUCUAAAUGGCCCAUGGAUCACAGGUUCUGGAACAAUGGUUUAUACUACCAUUCCAGUGCACCUUGGUCUAUAGACCCGGAUGUUCGGACAGCUAAGGGAUGGGCUGUUGCCCACCAUACCAAGAUUAAAACUACAAUUGAUUACAUCAGUACUCGUGUUGAUCAGCUUCAAAACACUCAAAAUCUUGAUACUGAUUGGAUUGACGACAUCAUGCUAGGCGAUUUAACUCGCAAGGCCAAAAUGAAGGUGAUCUGCAGCGAGCUACAACUCCGACUCAAAGAACACGAGGAAUUGAUCUGCGAUUGGUCAGACAAUCUAGUUUGGCUAUGGUUGCGCUGCCAACCUAUAAAUAAUUGA